AUGUGCUGCCUAAUAUCUGCUGGUGGGUUAAAUUUAAUUCAACUACAAAAAUGGAACCAAGCAGCAGUUGCAAAAUUAUGUUGGGACCUUGCACACAAGGAAGACAAGUUAUGGAUCAAAUGGAUCCAUACUUACUAUAUUAAGGACCAGCAGUUGGGGGAUUGUGUAAUCCCUCAACAAGCUAGCUGGAUGACAAAGAAGAUUUUGGCCUCUAGAUAUAUUAUGUUGCAGUCCUACCUACCAUCCCCUCAACACCAAAGCAUGAUCAGAACCUUUUACUUGCAGCUCAUAGGGGAUUUACCAAGAGUACAAUGGAAAUGCCUGAAGUUUGGUAAUAAAGCUAGGCCUAAAGCAUGCUUUGUUAUGUGGUUGUGUCUCCAACAAAGAUUAUUAACUGCCGAUAGGCUACUUAAGUGGGAUAUAGAGGCUUCUCCAACAUGUGUUAUGUGUCAACAAGAUCCGGAGUCCCAUGAGCACUUAUUUGUUACCUGCACUGUAGCCAAAACUCUAUGGGCUAAAGUCUUGAGAUGGAGUAACAAUCAACUCUGUAUUGCUACAACGUGGAAUGAGUUUGUUCAAUGGGGAAUCAGUUCUGCUAAGGGAAAAGCACAACAAGCACAACUGUUCAAGAUGGUAUUUGCUGAAUGCACCUAUGCUUUAUGGACUGAAAGAAACCAAAGGUUAUUUGAGAGUACGAGUAGACAUGUGGAUCAGUUGGCAAAGGACCUGGCUGUUAUAUGCACUGUACGAGUACCUCCUGGGCUGCAAACUCUAAUUCAUAGUUUCCAGUUUUGA